UCCGGGAACGAGGGGGGCGGAGACCCACAAUCCGGAAGUGGCACACUAUCCUCUUCCGGUCCCACUCACGUUGCCGCUCUGCCAGCGCCGUCACCGCCGGGAUGAAGCCGAUCCUGCUGCAGGGCCAUGAGCGGUCCAUUACCCAGAUUAAGUAUAACCGCGAGGGAGACCUCCUCUUCACCGUGGCCAAGGACCCUAUCGUCAAUGUGUGGUACUCCGUGAACGGUGAGAGGCUGGGCACCUACAUGGGCCACACUGGAGCUGUGUGGUGUGUGGACGCUGACUGGGACACCAAGCAUGUCCUCACUGGCUCAGCCGACAACAGCUGUCGUCUCUGGGACUGUGAAACAGGGAAGCAGCUGGCCCUACUCAAGACCAAUUCAGCUGUCCGGACCUGCGGCUUUGACUUUGGGGGCAACAUCAUCAUGUUCUCCACGGACAAGCAGAUGGGCUACCAGUGCUUUGUGAGCUUUUUUGACCUGCGGGAUCCGAGCCAGAUUGACAGCAAUGAGCCCUACAUGAAGAUCCCUUGCAAUGACUCCAAGAUCACCAGUGCUGUUUGGGGACCCCUGGGGGAAUGCAUCAUUGCCGGCCAUGAGAGUGGAGAGCUCAACCAGUAUAGUGCCAAGUCUGGAGAGGUAUUGGUGAAUGUUAAGGAGCACUCCCGGCAGAUCAAUGACAUCCAGUUAUCCAGGGACAUGACCAUGUUUGUCACCGCAUCCAAGGACAACACAGCCAAGCUCUUUGACUCAACAACCCUCGAACAUCAAAAGACUUUCCGGACAGAACGUCCCGUCAACUCAGCUGCCCUCUCCCCCAACUAUGACCAUGUGGUGCUGGGUGGCGGUCAGGAAGCCAUGGAUGUAACCACAACCUCCACCAGGAUUGGCAAGUUUGAGGCCAGGUUCUUCCACUUGGCCUUUGAAGAAGAGUUUGGAAGAGUGAAGGGUCACUUUGGCCCUAUCAACAGUGUGGCCUUCCAUCCUGAUGGCAAGAGCUAUAGCAGCGGAGGAGAAGAUGGUUACGUUCGCAUCCACUACUUCGACCCACAGUAUUUUGAGUUUGAGUUUGAGGCUUAAGAAGCUGGACCUCCAUCCAGGCCAGGGAGGCUGCUGGAGAAAGUUUUGGACUCUGAGAAAUAAAUUGAUUUGGUAAUAAAUAGUUUCUGGUCAGAUA